UAGCCCAGGUAGCCAAAGUGGCUUCCAGACGAGCUCCUUAGUUUUGGGAGGGACUCAGAGACCCAGGGUCCGGCUCAGGGCCCGAGGGGAGCGGCCAUGAGGGCGGUCCUGACCUGGAGAGAUAAAGCGGAGCAGUGUAUAUAUGACCUUGCAUUUAAGCCCGACGGAACUCAGCUGAUUUUGGCUGCAGGAAACAGAUUACUGGUUUAUGACACUUCUGAUGGGACCUUAAUUCAGCCGCUGAAAGGGCACAAAGACACUGUGUAUUGUGUGGCCUACGCUAAGGAUGGCAAGCGUUUUGCUUCUGGAUCAGCUGACAAAAGUGUUAUCAUCUGGACAGCGAAACUGGAAGGUAUUCUGAAGUACACACACAACGAUUCCAUACAAUGUGUCUCCUACAACCCCGUUACCCACCAGCUGGCAUCUUGUUCCUCCAGUGACUUUGGCUUGUGGUCACCCGAGCAGAAGUCUGUCUCCAAACAUAAAUCAAGCAGUAAAAUCACCUGUUGCAGCUGGACAAAUGACGGUCAGUACCUUGCUCUGGGGAUGUUCAAUGGCAUCAUCAGCAUCCGGAAUAAAAACGGGGAGGAGAAGGUGAAGAUUGAGCGGCCAGGAGGUGCGCUGUCCCCCAUCUGGUCCAUCUGCUGGAACCCCUCCAGCCGAUGGGAGAGUUUCUGGAUGAACAGAGAAAACGAGGAAGCCGAGGAGGUCAUUGUCAACAGAUAUUUUCAGGAAAUCCCUUCCGCUUUGAAAUCAGCCGUGUACAGUAGUCAGGGUAGUGAGGCAGAGGAAGAGGAGCCCGAGGAAGAAGAGGACAGUCCUAGGGACGACAGCUCAGACGAACAUAACGACAUCCUGGCUGUGGCUGACUGGGGGCAGAAACUCUCCUUCUACCAGCUGAGUGGCAAACAGGUUGGGAAGGACAGGUCGCUGAACUUUGACCCGUGCUGCAUUAGCUAUUUCACCAAAGGAGAAUAUAUUCUGCUCGGAGGGUCAGACAAACAAGUGUCCCUCUUCACCAAAGAUGGCGUGCGUCUUGGGAGCAUAGGGGAUCAGAAUUCUUGGGUGUGGACCUGUAAAGUUAAACCGGACUCCAAUUAUGUGGUGAUUGGCUGUCAGGACGGAACGAUUUCCUUCUAUCAGCUUAUUUUUAGCACAGUCCAUGGGCUCUAUAAGGAUCGUUACGCCUACAGGGACAGCAUGACCGAUGUGAUUGUCCAGCACCUGAUCACAGAGCAGAAAGUUCGGAUCAAGUGCAAAGAGCUCGUGAAGAAGAUCGCCAUUUACAAAAACCGGCUGGCCAUCCAGCUGCCGGAAAGGAUCCUCAUCUAUGAGCUGUACUCAGAUGACUCUUCAGACAUGCAUUAUCGGGUUAAGGAAAAGAUCGUCAAGAAAUUUGAGUGUAACCUACUCGUGGUGUGCUCAGACCACAUCAUCCUCUGCCAGGAGAAAAGGCUGCAGUGCUUGUCUUUUGGAGGUGUGAAAGAGAGGGAGUGGCAGAUGGAGUCCCUGAUUCGUUACAUCAAGGUGAUCGGAGGCCCACCUGGAAGAGAAGGCCUUCUAGUUGGCCUGAAGAACGGUCAGAUUCUGAAGAUUUUUGUAGACAAUCUGUUUGCCAUUGUCCUGCUCAAGCAGGCCACGGCCGUGCGAUGCCUGGACAUGAGCGCUUCCCGCACCAAGUUAGCAGUGGUGGAUGAAAACGACACCUGCCUGGUGUAUGAUAUUCACACCAAGGAACUGCUUUUCCAGGAACCCAAUGCUAACAGUGUGGCCUGGAACACUCAGUGUGAGGACAUGCUCUGCUUCUCUGGAGGAGGCUACCUCAACAUCAAAGCCAGCAACUUCCCCGUGCACCAGCAGAAGCUGCAAGGCUUUGUCGUGGGCUACAAUGGCUCAAAAAUCUUCUGUCUCCAUGUUUUCUCUAUGUCAGCAGUGGAAGUGCCCCAGUCGGCCCCGAUGUACCAGUACCUGGACAGGAAGAUGUACAAAGAAGCCUACCAGAUCGCUUGUCUGGGGGUGACCGAUGCAGACUGGAGAGAGCUGGCCAUGGAGGCGCUAGAAGGAUUGGAGUUUGAGACAGCUAAGAAGGCAUUUACCAGAGUACAAGAUCUCCGGUAUUUAGAGCUGAUCAACAGCAUUGAGGAGAGGAAGAAGCGUGGAGAGACCAACAAUGAACUGUUUCUAGCAGAUGUUUUUGCCUACCAAGGAAAGUUCCACGAGGCUGCCAAACUGUACAAACGCAGUGGACACGAGAAUCUGGCUUUGGAUAUGUACACUGACCUACGCAUGUUUGAAUACGCAAAGGAUUUCCUUGGGUCUGGAGACCCCAAAGAAACCAAGAUGCUGAUCACCAAACAGGCUGACUGGGCCAGAAACAUCAACGAGCCCAAAGCUGCAGUGGAGAUGUACCUCUCGGCGGGAGAACACAUCAAGGCUAUAGAGAUCAGUGGCGACCAUGGCUGGGUAGACAUGUUAAUUGAUAUCGCAAGGAAACUGGACAAAGCUGAACGGGAGCCCCUGCUACUGUGCGCUCACUACUUCAAGAAACUGGACAAUCCUGGCUACGCGGCUGAGACCUACCUGAAGAUAGGGGACCUGAAGUCCCUGGUGCAGCUCCAUGUGGAAACUCAGCGUUGGGAUGAGGCCUUUGCUUUGGGUGAGAAGCAUCCUGAGUUUAAGGACGAUGUCUAUGUGCCCUAUGCCCAGUGGUUGGCAGAGAACGAUCGCUUUGAAGAAGCCCAGAAAGCGUUCCACAAAGCCGGCCGUCAGGGUGAGGCAGUCCGAGUGUUGGAACAACUCACUCACAAUGCUGUGGUCGAAAGCAGGUUUAAUGAUGCAGCGUAUUAUUACUGGAUGCUGUCCAUGCAGUGUCUCGAUAUAGCUCAAGCCGACCAAGGCCAGAAGGAGGAGAUGCUGGUCAAGUUUCACCACUUCCAGCACUUGGCUGAGCUCUACCAUGUGUACCACUCCAUUCAGCGAUACACGGAGGAGCCCUUCAGUUUUCAUCUUCCUGAAACCCUCUUCAAUAUCUCCCGAUUCCUCCUUCAUAGCCUGUCCAAGGAGACACCCUUGGGUAUCUCUAAAGUAAAUACGUUGUUCACCCUGGCCAAACAGAGCAAAGCUUUGGGCGCAUAUAAAUUGGCCCGUCAUGCCUACGACAAAUUGCAGGGUCUGCAGAUCCCCGCAAGGUUCCAGAAAUCCAUCGAGCUGGGCAGCCUGACCAUCCGCUCCAAGCCCUUUCACGAUAGUGAGGAGCUCGUGCCCUUGUGUUAUAGGUGCUCCACCAACAACCCUCUGCUCAACAAUUUGGGGAACGUGUGCAUCAACUGUCGGCAGCCCUUCGUCUUCUCGGCCUCCUCCUAUGAGGUUUUGCACCUGGUGGAAUUUUACCUGGAGGAAGGAAUUACUGAUGAAGAAGCUGUGGCUCUCAUUGACCUAGAGGCCCCAAGGUUAACCAAAAAGGAGAGAAAAUGGCAAGAAAUAACCAACCCUAAUGCACAAACUUUGAGACUUGAUGAGACUGUGGACCACAUCGAGGAAGACGACCCAUUUACUGCCAAACUGAGCUUUGAGCAAGGAGGUUCUGAAUUUGUUCCUGUGGUGGUGAACCGGGCAGUCCUGCGGUCCAUGAGCAGGCGGGAUGUCCUCAUUAAGCGCUGGCCCAAGCCGCUGCAGUGGCAGUACUUCCGCUCCCUCCUCCCAGACGCUUCCAUCACCAUGUGCCCUUCAUGCUUCCAGAUGUUUCACUCAGAAGAUUACGAGCUUCUGGUACUGCAGCACAACUGUUGUCCAUACUGUCGGAGACGCAUAGACGAAGGCACUCAGUGACCCCUCUCUGCCUCUCCUCCUUCUGGCUCCAGCAUCUCCCCAAGGGAGAGUGAUUAGCAGCACGUCCACAUCUCUUCCCAGCUCUCUGAAAACUCUGCCUUUAUUACUCCCAGAUAUUAUCAUAUUGACAAGAUAUUUCUAUAAAAAAGAAACAGGUAAAAUCAUCCCAAUGUUUUCUGUUCAAAUGAAAUUUAUAUGGGGGGGGGGUGGAGAAAGUGUAACUAUGGGAUUUCUAUUUAUGGCAUUUUCUGCUUUGUAAAUAGCACCAUGAGAUGGAAAAGAGAAUGUACAUAUAUUUUCUAUUAAAAAAAUCUGUUACUCUUGAAGUUGAUUGGAGUUGUUCAUAGCAGCCUGCUGGAGUCCACAGAUCUGUCAGACCAUUAGCAUGUACACUUUGCGAACAGAUUGCCUCAAUAAUUACAAAUAAAAGGGCUACUUAUUUUCA